GCACCACCAAUUCCCAUGGCCACUUUCAAUCUCCCACCACCAAAUCCCAUCUCAGCCCCCCACCACCACCACCCUCACACCCUCCCCCUCAACCGCCGCUCCCUCCUCUUCCUCUCCGCCACUCUCCCCCUCCUCACCCCCCUAACCACCUCCGCCUCUGCCGCCCCCCCUCCCCCGGACACCACCGUCACCGACCGAGUAUUCCUCGACUUCAGCAUCUGCCCCUCCUACUUCCUCAACCGCACCCUCGGCGAGUCCGACCUCUCCCUCUGCGCCCAGCCCGAGCCCCUCGGCCGAGUCGUGCUCGGCCUCUACGGCAACGUCGUCCCCAUCACCGUCGCCAACUUCAAGUCCAUGUGCACCGGCUCUUGCGGCUCCACCUACAAGGGCACUUUGGUCCAGAAACUCUUGCCCGGCCAGUUCUUCGUGGCGGGCCGCCAGGGCCGCAGAGACAAAGGAGAUGUUAAGCCCCCCGUGGGCCUGAUUAGGAACACUGAGACCGUUGAUUCGAAGGCGUUUCUGCUCGAGCACUCCAGGCCCGGCGUGGUGUCGUUAUGCUUGUCAGAAAACGACGACGACGAUGACUUGAAGCUCAGUCCGGAUUACCAUAAUGUGGAGUUCUUGAUCACCACUGGGCCCGGCCCUUGCCCGCAGCUUGAUAGCAACAAUAUUGUGUUUGGCUCUGUGCUUGAAGGAUUGGAUGUUGUGAGGGCUAUAGCAUCGAUUCCGACAUAUAUACCCGGUGAAAGAAUCCGACAGUACAACGAUUUGGCAGAGUUUCUGGGAGAUGGAAGAGCUAAAAGUGCUCGUGCAAUCUGGAACAGACCUCUUAAGACGCUCUAUAUUAGCGAUUGCGGAGUUAUCAAAGUUGCAAAACCUACCCUUUCCCCUAGUCUUCCUUGAAAUUACAUCUCACUCUAUCUACUUCAUUUGUGAUUGAGUGAACUUAUCCAAAUAAAAUUAUUUACACUGCUCCAGAUAUUUGGAGUAUCUCUCUA